CGAGUCUGGUAAUAGGUCUAAAAAAAGAGGAUAAAACGUAAAUCUCGAACAUCGAAGGCUUCACUGAUCUCGCAGAGAUAGCUUGAGAACUAUCGAAUCAUUAUUAAAUCGAGCGAUGCAAAACAAGCGAAUUCACAUAGAAAAUGUGCGACAGGACGGAACGCCUGUUUGCCUCGAACAUCAUCCUAUUCAGAGCGGAGGGGUGGAUAAACAACAAGCAGCAAGUAGACGCGCUACAAUCAUCCGGGGUUCUUCUGGCGAGAGCGAGAACGGGGAUCUUACGUCUGAGCUCUAGCAGGAUAGUCAUAGGCAGUGAGCGAGAGUACGAACAACAGCGACUGACCAUGGAUAGAUACAGGUGAUAUGCUCGUUUGUGUAUAUUGAAGCGCCAGAGAAACGACGAGGCCAACAAUAUGUUUGGUCAGUAGAGACUACAGUUUUAUUAUUGGCAUGACCGUUCAGGUGCCGCCGCCGCCACUACUUGUAAUGAAGGGUCGAAUAUGGACGGGGUCUGGUAGUGGAUGUGCUUAUACGACACCGAAGAGUGAUCGAGGCGGUCUACUAUAACAGCUUUGCUAGUAGUUAGUAGUGGCCAUCCUUGGCGGCGGCGCAGAUAGCACCGGUUGGCCUGGUCGGGAUAAGCUCGAAUGCUAUCCCAUCUACGUCUAAUAACUGCCACUCAGUUAUGUUAGAGUUAUGCGGCCACUGCCGCUUCUGGAAGACCGCCAGUCAGGUGGAGAGGUGCACGUCGGUUACAUUAAACAGAGUUUGGGCGGACGCUGCGGCGGCGCCGGGCUGCGCGCGCGUGGCCGAGAACCCGUGCCCCGCCACCCGAUACGAUGACCGACGGGAUGCACGGACCGACCUAAGCCUACGACAGGUCGCCUACUGCGAGACCCAGCAGCAUCGUGAUCACUGGUACUGCUACGAGCACAAAACGGUACGGGAUUAUCGUCGAAGAGGAGCAGGUGCAGGCUUUUGUCUAAUACGCGUCGAGCGUACGGCACUUAGAUUCAAGUAUAACUGUUUUUUUCAGGUUGCAUUCGAUUGACGGCUGAAGCAUGGCCGAAGAGACGGGGCAGCUGGAUUGUUUCGCAAACCAACACUCAUUUAGAUAAUAUACUACGCUACGUAUCGUUAGUGCAUCAGCCUCCCCCCCCCCCCCCACACACACACUCAUUUGUCCGAAAUUCACUUGUCCGCUGCCGCUAACGCCAGUCCCUUAGCAACGAUAUCGAAACAUCACAGAUAUCAAGUAUGGAUGAGUAUAUUGCCAAAAUGUGUAUACUCUUAAAUGGUUGGACUGACUCUUUUUCGUACGUGCAAUAGUGCAGCCAAGUGACAUAGAGUGCGGGAUCAAUCAUGCGCGAAAUCCAGCACCAGUACCAUAGGGAGAUACCCUAAAUUAAAAUAAGAACGACGCAGAAACGGAUGUGGCGACCUACGCGUCCUGCAGUGUGAAGAAUAUCUUUUAUGAAUGCUAGUGGGAACGCGACGAUCAACAACUGACUAUUCGACAAAAGUGCUCUGAUGAGACGAUAGCUCAUCUUUGGGCAAAGUGAGAUUCAACAGACUUAGUUUUACUCUGGAAUCGACUGAAGCACGAUUGAGGACACUGACAGCGAACCGCGAUGGAUUUUAUGGAGCGUUGUGACUCUCCCGGAGUCCUUCUUGACGAACGGAAGGAGCGUAGGCGGACUCACAGCAUCAACAGCGCAUUUGGGCGACUCCGGUCCCACAUACCCAACGUGCCCAGGGACACAAAGCUCUCAAAGAUCAAAACUCUUCGACUGGCCAUCGCCUAUAUUAGCUACCUGGAAGAGUUACUCCGGUCGGAGCGACCCUGCGAAAUUCAAGAAGGAUGUGGCUUCGAGGGAAGCGAUGAAGAAGAUUUUUGUGACGACAACAAGCCGGAUUGCGGCCUCCGAAACCGAACGCGCACAGGAUGGCCUCAUCAAGUCUGGGCUGCUGAAUUCUCCCCGUCUGCCGACAAGGCGAUUGCCGCAAAGGGUACGGCCCGUCUCGAGCGCUGCUAAAAGAACCCAUUUUCAAUAACGCUUCGCCAGAGCGACGGAUAUUUUCAGCUGAGAUAAAUGCGUAUCUGUCGGAUAAUGCGCAGCAGGGAUAUCUGUGGCUAUUGGUCAAAUCUGCGUGUAAGUGAAAACAAUAAUAGUACUCAUACAAUCAUCAAUGAAAAAGAGAAGUUUAUAAAAAAUUUAGUAAAGCUUUGUAGAUUAAAAUCGAAAAUUGGUGUGUUAACAUGGAAAUAAAUUCACAAAUACCCGAUCUGACACUCAGACUUAUGCA